AUGAGCUCAGGACUAAUCCGCCAGGCAGAGAUGCGGAAAUUGCAACCGGAGCCAUAUGUGGAUGUCGCUCAUAUACUACAAGUUAGGGAUAAGGACGAAAAAGACCACAUGGCUAAGAGAAGGGACGUGGAAGGGCGGCACAUCGAAGAUGAAGUGCCGGAAUGGCUCCCCUACCCCCCUCACAAAGUACGGCAAGAUACCGCAUUCCAAAGCUCACCACCGCCUGUUGGCAUCCCAACAGGACCGAAAGCCUUCCACCAUACCUCCUCCCGCCCCUCAUCUCUCAUCGAUAUCCGCACACUCUGUACACCCCAAAAGCGCAGUCUCUUCACCUGGGAGAUCAACAAUCUCGCCACCCUCCAGACCAAAGUCGAUAAGGCUAUAGCCGGCACAGGACCAUCGCUCCGUAUUCUGGCGAAUAUACCCGUGUCUAUCCAGUUGACUGUACAACAAAAGGGAAGGGUGUAUGCAGCUCAGGAGAAACUCGAUACAGCUAUUCUCAAAAACAGGAUGGGAGGGAGGAGACGAAGUGGCAACGUUGUUAAGAAGGCUGCUGUAGUGAAUUCAUCUCAGCAUGAUAUUCGUUCGGGGCAUGAUAGUGAUGGCUGGAUAGUUCUUACGUUGCCACCGCUACAUCUGUCGGACUCAUUGGAUGGGUCGCUCAUAGCAAAGUCUAUGUGGAUGGAGGUCAACAGUUUGUUGGCGCAGCUGAAGAGGGAAAGGGUAAAGAUCUCUUUUAGUGCGGCGGAUCGUGAGACACUAAGAAUUCAUAUAUGA